AGUAAAGUCCGUGAGUCCGCUGGGAAGAUAAGGAGCGACAGCAAUGGAUGUGCAUGUUUCCUCCAUGAGGUUGUUUCUGAACUGACAAUGCUGUUAAAGGAGGAAAAAAGGCAGAUUUUCACACAUUUCCAUUGAAAGUGAAGUUACUCAUGGAGAAAGGAGCAAGUCGGGAGUCAUGAGCACAGGUGUGAAGAAGCCUCCAUUAGCUCCCAAACCUAAACUCCCUGCCACCACCAAACCCUCUCCCCCGCCCAUCGCCCCCAAACCAGGGCUUCUCUCCCAGUCUACGGUCGUCUCCCAACCCUCCCCUGCUACUCUCAAGAGGACAAAACCGGCUGUUGCCCCCAAACCCAAACCUUGCAUUCCCAAAUCCACGGCCUCGUCUCCCCCAGUUUCACCCCCGCCACCCAAACCCAGGGAACCCUUUAUCCUAACUCAGGAACCUUUAGGUGAUAACCUCUUACUUCUCAACUCCAGAAAUGGGAUUUUAUCAGAGACAAACAAACGUAACUCGGAUUACAUCAUUCCCCCCUGCUCCUGUGGGCUCCAGGAUUGUUCCCAGUGCCGGCGUCUGGAAAACGGAAACGCAACUGAGACCGGGAGCGAUUCGCACGAAGAGCCGUUGCAGAAUGGGAUUUCUACAGAAGGAUUCACAGGGAUGAGGCCACGAGAGAAGGCAGAGAACAAGGAGGAGGGAGUAGCUGUAGAGAAGGGUGGAGGUGGAGGUGGAGGGAUUAGCAAAAAGCCCAGGGACAAACCUCAAAGACAGAGACACCUGGAUCGGGGAUUUGUCAACAUAGAGGCGCAGAGGACUGAGGAGCAGAAAGCUCCAGAGACUGUCAGACAUCAGGAAAGUGCCGUCGCUGAGCCUGAUGUUUCACAAGAGGACGUACACACUGAGGCCCAAAACGCAGAUUUAACAGACUUUAGUUCAGCCUGUGAUGUUGCAGGCAGCAUCAUUUUCUCCUCGAGUGUCACUCCUCAUGAAUGUUCUGCAGAGUCCUUUCAGGGAGAAUACAGCGGGCCUAUCAGCGAAGCGCCUCCUACCAGGUUACACCCUGAUCUGCAUGUCCCCGCCGCCCCCAGUAAACCUCUCCCAGUGCCUCACCCACGCAGACUUAAAAAGCCAGCACUGGUGAGGCAGGACGGCGUGGAGCGCAGUGUUCAGGAUCAGGUGGGGGAGGAACAAAAGCUUGAGAUGCGAGAGGAUGGGAGGACACUGAGUCUGUCUCUGGGUUUGGACGGCGAGGAGCUCAAACGGGACACAUGCGACGACCUUUUACCCCAAAAAGACUCAGGUUUUGGAGACGAUGAGACCAGCGCACCCGUCCCCCCUCCUCGACAGACCUCCCUCUCGCCUCGCCUUCAAAGGACAGCCCAUGUGUGCCCCUCUCUAAACAAAAACACCUCCCACUCUUUAGUGCUGCUCUCACAUGCUGACUCAGCGAGCCACAAACAAGGGGGCGAGGAGCACGGCGAGGAGAAGGAGGACGAAGAGGACGGGUACGGCGACUUUGAGCGCUACCCGAUAACACACAGCCUCCCCAAACAGAUCAAACUCGGCUGUCAUCCUCCUCUGGUCAACGCGAGGAAGGCCUUCUCCACCGAGGAUCACUGGUCACCGAGGGCGCCGCCGAGAAAACCUCAAAGACACAGCAUGCCGGCGGCCCCUCCACCCUCCAUCUGCCCUCCUGCACCUCCACAUGCCAACACCCCAAUGAGGGAGCUGCCCGCGCCCCCUCAGGAGAGAACGGCCUGGCGUUUCACCCGGCCCUGCGUGACCUUCUUCAGCCGGCAGAUGCCCUCAAGGAGCAGCGUGCCGCCAAAGAGCCGGGCUCCGGCGCUGGGGGGCAAACAGAGGGCGCAGUCCUUCUCGGCGGCCGACCUGGCAACCCGUGCCGACUCUCAUAAGAGGAGCCUCUCUUUCCGGAAGCUGCUGGAGCUCCGGCUGUCUGUCAAGAUGCUGCCAAAGCUGCUGGCCAAGGGAGGGCAGUCCCUGGACUGUACCAACGUGGGCUCAAGCCCGGGGGGGAAAAGCCUGGAGCGGCCCACUAGCUGCAUAGUGGAGGCCAAUAUUUGCGGAGAAUACGGAGAGGAAUCGGUGGAGUAUGAGAACGUUCCUCUGUACGAGGAGAUCCCCGAGUACAUGAACCUGCCGUUUCACGGUGCGAGGCAGAGCUGGUCACAUGACCCCGACGGAGCAGAUUCAGACAUCUAUGAAGUGCAGGACCCCUAUCACAGAUACCACGAGCACGAGUACGAGAGUGGCUGGCUGGGGCAGGACGUCCACUCUGAGGAGGAGGAGAUCCACAGCUCAGAUGAAGAGGACAACAGUUCCACCUCCAGCAAGGAGCACCUGGACGAGGCCGACCGACAGCAAGAGGAUGAGAUGAAGAGGAAGAAGGUGGUGCACAUCGCCCAGGAGAUUAUGAGCUCCGAGAAAGUGUUUGUGGAUGUCCUGAAGCUUCUUCACAUAGACUUUCGGGAUGCUGUUGCCAAGGCAACCCGUCAGAAUGGGAAGCCGGUGGUGGAAGAGCGGAUCCUCAGUCAGAUCCUGUAUUACCUGCCACAGCUCUACCAGCUCAACAGAGACUUGCUGAGGGAGCUGGAGGAGCGAGUGGCACACUGGAGCGAUCACCAGCGGCUGUCGGACAUCUUUGUCCAGAAGGGUCCCUACCUGAAGAUGUACUCCACCUACAUCCGUCAGUUUGACAACAACGUGGCUCUGUUAGACGAGCAGUGCAGGAAAAACACAGCGUUCGCCGCUGUUGUCAGAGAGUUUGAGACGAGUCCAAGAUGUGCCAGUCUGGCUCUGAAACACUACCUGCUGAAACCAGUGCAGAGGAUCCCUCAGUACCAGCUGCUGCUCACAGAUUAUCUGAAGAACCUUCCAGAAGACUCAGAGGACUAUAAAGACACACAAGCUGCUCUCUGCAUAGUGAAAGAAGUGGCCAACCACGCUAAUGAUAUUAUGAAACAGGGGGAUAACUUUCAGAAGCUGAUGCAGAUCCAGUACAGUCUCAAUGGUCACCAUGAGAUCGUUCAGCCAGGCAGGGUGUUUCUGAAGGAGGGAACUCUCAUGAAGCUGUCCAGGAAAGUCAUGCAGCCUCGCAUGUUCUUUCUGUUUAAUGAUGCACUCAUGUACACCACUCCGGUCCAGUCUGCCCAGUAUAAACUCAACAGUGUCCUCUCUCUGGCUGGGAUGAAGGUGAGUAAACCGAGCCAGGAGGCCUAUCAGAACGAGCUGAACAUUGAAAGCGUUGAGCGCUCUUUCAUCCUGUCUGCCAGCUCCGCUACAGAGAGAGACGAGUGGCUGGAGGCCAUCGCCAAGGCCAUAGACGACUACACCAAGAAGAAAAUAACGUUUAUAUCAAGUCGGAGUCAGGAGGAGGCGGAGGGCGUUGUCGACACCGGGGCCCCGUUGGGUUCAAAGGCUCCUAUCUGGAUCCCGGACCUGAGGGCCACCAUGUGCAUGAUCUGCACCUGUGAGUUCACCCUCACCUGGAGGAGGCAUCACUGUCGCGCCUGUGGAAGGGUGGUGUGUCAGGCCUGCUCUGCCAAUAAGUACUACCUGGAGUACCUGAAGAACCAGCCGGCACGAGUGUGUGAUCACUGCUUCGUCAAACUGCAGGAGAAUAGUGACCGCUGUGCUUCAACAUCAGUUUCUCCGAUCAAAUCUGGAGCUUUCUCCUUCACUAGAAAACAGAAGAAGAUUCCUGCUGCACUAAAAGAGGUGUCCGCCAACACUGAGAACUCCUCCAUGAGCGGCUACCUAAACCGGUCAAAAGGCAACAAGAAGCAGUGGAAGAGGCUGUGGUUUGUCAUCAAGAACAAAGUCCUGUACACCUACGCCGCCAGCGAGGAUGUUGCGGCGUUGGAGAGUCAGCCUUUGCUCGGUUUCUUCCUGCGUGAGGAGAAGAACGGGCCGGCUCAGAAGCUGCAGUUUAAGCUGUAUCACAAAAACACGCUGUUUUACAUCUUCAAAGCUGACGACAUCCCCACCGCUCAGAGAUGGAUCGAAGCCUUCCAAGAGGCGAUGAUUCUUGAACAGUAACUUCAGUUUAUACAGCAGUGAAGUCACAUCACAGCCCCGGAGCCAGUUGAUAGACAACUCACGACCCCCGAUUGAUCUAAGGUCAGGGGUCACCAGCUCAGGAAGGACUCCGGAUGGACUGUUUACUUCAAACAGAAAACCCUACUGCAGAAUGCCACAUUAUUGUAUGUGGGGGGGGGAGGGGGGGGACUAAACACAGACCUGGAUUCUGUUUCUCUAAAACAUAUCAUCAGUACCAACAACACCCACUGAUGCUCAGCAGAGGUCAGAGUUAAUCGUUUGUCGCAGCUGUGGGUCAAAGGUCAAGUCCAGAAGCGUGUCCGUGGAAGUGAGACAGAACAGUUGUCGGGAAUAUUUAAAGCCCUCGGAAAUCUGAGGAAAGUCUGGGAAUUAUUUUUAACUGCAAACGGAUGAAGGAAAUACUUUUUUGUGUGAAACAAAAUAUACAAAACUUCAUUUGAUCAUGUUGAUAUCGGCUAGUUUAAAAGUUUAAAAUCUGUGUUAAAGCAAAAAUCUUAAGAUAAGAAUUUUAAGUCGACACACAUCACAAAAUAUUCAAAAUUGUAAAAUGUUUCACCUGAAUCAUGGAUGCAAAGUUCAAGUGUUUAAUAAUGUAACAAGGUGGGAUUUUACUGUGAAAAUCCGGCUUCUGCAGAGAAACAGGAAGUUGAUGUUCUGCUCUUUAGGUUGAUCUCUCUGGUUAAGAGAUUUUACUCCUGUUUUUUUUAUUUUAUUUAACAUACAAAACGUUUAAAUGAUGGGUUAAAAAAAAAAACAUCCUGGAGAAAACUGGAAAUGUCAUGAAUAAUGUAGAUAUUUUUCAUACAAUUUUUUAAAUGUACUUUUGCCAGUUAAGCCACAUUAGAAACGUUUUUUGGGAAACGAAAGACUAACAUUGACCUUUUUUAUAUCAAAGCCAAGAGCUAAUAUUUAUAAAAUCGGAAGAUUUAUUGUUUUAAAAGCACAGGCUGCCGCUUGUUUUGGGAGUCAUGGUUUGUUAGGAAAUAUGUUAAAAUCAGUUGUUCUUUUUAAAUUUUAAAGAGAACUUCUUACAGAAGAAGGGGAUUUAGUUUUAAUGGGCAAAUACUGUGGAAAGUAUGCACAAACUAUAUUUCUAAGGAAAUGCUCAAAAGAAAGAAAACAUUUUGGAUUUUAAAUGCUUCUUUUUGCAGACGUCGUGCCUUAUAUCUCCUGUUUUGAGAUGAAUUGCAAUAAUAUAGGAGCUCUGUUUGACAAUCUUCAUUCAAUAAGAACACAUUUAAGCAUCCAGUUUGCAUGACUACUCACUUUCUAGCCAGGGUACUCGAGGUUUGUAGUUUACAGUGGGAGAAACCCAAAUCCUGCUUUUUUUUUUUUUUUUUUUUUUUUUUUAGUGAAGGAAUAAAACGGUCAAUUCUGUCAUUAGAGCUCUUUGGCUGCUGUCGUCAUACAAUUUCUCGUGUGCCUCUCGUUCAGAUUUUUUUUGUGUUAGUGAGGAAUAAAUCUGCUAGUCAGGAGCUACAAAGCAUGCAUUUCUUCAUGAUUGUACAUUAACAGUGACCAUUUGUAAACAUCUACUCUAUCAGAGUUUGAGUCUUCUAUAAACAAUGAUUCUAAACUGUCAGGCAACAGU